AUGAGUUUCUUUUAAAAGUAAUUGAAGAGUGGGGAUCAAUAGAAUAAUUCGGUUUAUUAGAUAAUUUGGUUCAAAGACUUUACAAAUAAUGAAUAAUGGAAAAUUAAAUAAGGUCUAGUUGUUACUAUAAUUUAGAUUUCAUCCAAUUGUUUUUCAAAUAAUCUUGUUUCUUUUUGUAAGUAAGUUCUAAUCUAAUUGUGGGUUCAAGAAAAAGAUCUAAAAAUUAGAAACCUUUUAAAAAAUGAAAAAUGGAUAAGUAUGUAAAUGCAAAUUUUGUAGAAGGAUUGGUAGACUUAACAAGAUAGAAUUGUGGAGAGAAUGUAGGAAAUGUUGAGCAGAAUUGAUGAAUUAUAAGAAUAAAUUUCUCACGAGGCUAAUCUCAACAAGCGAGAUCUAAACCUUAAAGAACUUGACGAAACAACAGAGCAAUUAUAUUAAUAAAUUGAAAAUAUCAGUGAAAUGGGGUAAUAAUUGAGACUGCUAACUGAUUUUGUUAAUCGUAUCAGAAAGGCUUGUCCAGAGCGGAGGGGAAAAUCAAUCAAAUGAAGGAAUAACUCAAAAUCAUGAGUAACGAUAUAAAAUUUUUGAAUCUGUUGAAUAAAUAUUUGAAAUUAGAAAAUGGAAGGUAUUGAAAGAAGCGGCACUUAAGAAUGCUAAAUCCAUUUAUAUACCAUUAAUAACCAAAGAGAGAGAAAAAGAUGAAAAGUAAGACAAUACAUUAAGUAUUUUAAUAAAUUUAGAACAAAUUAAUGAUACUCAAGGAGAAUUGAAUCAGUUUUUAUUAGAAGGGAAAGAAACAAUGUUAUUAAUUCAUGGGGUAGCUGGAUCUGGCUAAGAAAAUAGAAGAAUUUAUUUGGAAAUUACAUAAUAAAAAUAUAAAAAUUAGAAAUCAAAUUCUCAUACCUGUUUAUAUCUACUAACCCUCUUUAAAAAUUCCUGUAUUUUAAGCGUAGAGGAAACACUUCAUCAAGAUGAAUACAACUUUGACUAACUUUAAUUAAAAGAGUGCAAAGAGAUUUUAUAGAAGUAAGAAUUCAAAUUGUUAUUGUUAAUGGAUAAGCUAUGA